AUGGACCAGAACUCCAGCAAACGAAAUCAUAAUCCGAAUGAGGAAAAUGGAAAGACGGUGCAUCGCACGGCGGGUAAUAGAGAGUCAUUACCCCCGAUCAAGGUGAAGAGUCGUCGGAUCCGCACCGCCUUCACCCCGGAGCAGCUGCGGGUUCUGGAGUGCAGCUUCCAGAGAAGCCACUAUCUGUCGGUGCUGGAGCGCCACACCAUCGCUGCGGCCCUCCGCCUGUCCGAGACUCAGGUCAAGAUCUGGUUCCAGAACCGACGGACAAAGUGGAGGAAGGAGAGCGUGACUGUGCGGGGAAAGGAGGAGGAAGGGGAGCAGCGCGGCUUCAUCCCGGCGUUCUCGUCCCACCCCGCGAUCUGCGCGGCUCUGACCUGCGGGCCCCUGUACCAGCAAGGCCCCCCGCUCCGGCUAGUUCCGACGCUGCCUCUCAUGCCCUACGGAUACUGUUACACAUGAAACGUAAUAGUAGCUCGAGCUUGAAAUGGGCCAGAACCAGAAAAGUCCUCCAGAACCCGCAGCAACCCGCAGGGAUUUGUUGCCAGACUGUGA